UCCGGCUCAACUCAAAUCAAUGAUCACCUUAUGGAAUUAUUGAUCAUGAUAUCCGCUUGUAAAGGCGCUUCAGCAAGUAGAGUCACCGCUGUUAUGCCAUAUUUCCCUUAUUCAAAACAAAGCAAAAAAAAGAAGUACCGUUGUGCCAUAACUGCAAAAGUGGCAAAUUUACUUUCGGUUGCUGGCGUGGAUCAUAUCAUCACCAUGGAUCUUCACGCGUCACAAAUGCAGGGUUUCUUUAACAGACCAGUUGACAAUCUUUAUGCUGAACCUUGUAUUGCUAAAUGGAUUCAGGAUACAGUUCCUGAAUAUGCUAAUGGUGUUGUUGUUAGUAAAAAUGCCGGUGGUGCAAAAAGCGCAUUCUCAAUUCGCUCGGUGUCAAGCGAUCCUACUUUUGCAAUAAUCUGA